AUGCCCUCCAGAAGACAAUACAAUCUCGUUGCUGAUGAAGUUUUCGACACCCGUAUUCCCCUGCAUUCGGAUGAUUUGUUCCAGCAUGGCAUUCCUUUCAGCGUCAAAUACAUCGGCAGUCUGGAUGUUCCGCGACCGACGAGUCGAGUCGAGAUUGUUGCAGCAAUGCGACGAAUCCGGUAUGAGUUCAAAUCCCGGGCGUCGAAAAAGAAAAAAGUCACUCUAACGGUAUCAGUAGAUGGAAUCAAGGUUGUUGCGCGGCGGAACAGGAAUAGUCAGAAAGACUUCUGGGAGUGGGAUGAGAACGCCAAUCUCGUCUUAAAUCAUCCGAUCUAUCGGAUAUUCUACGUUUCACACGAUUCCCAAGAUCUCAAGAUUUUCUCGUUCAUUUCAAGAGAGGGAGGAACGUCCGUUUUCAAGUGUAAUGUGUUCAAGUCCAGCAAGAAGAGUCAAGCUGCGGAGAUCGUCCGGACGAUCGGACAAGCUUUUGAAGUUUGCCAUAAGUUGAAUCAGCAGAGAGGUCUUUCCCAAGAAAACGAGAACUCGAACAAGCUAGAGAAAGACAUAGAGGAGGAGAAGAAAGCCGCUCCUCAGGAUUCUGCUCAGACGAUCAUCAGUUCGCAGAGCAAGCAGCCACAGACGCCUUCGGUGUCUGAGGCUCCCCCACCCUUCGGAGCUCCCGAGAUCGAGCCCUCCGCCUCGUUAAGUUACAUCCACCAACUGCAGCUCCUCCGAGCUCAGAUGGAGUACCAAGCACAGACUGCCCAGCAGGCGAUGUCGCAAGUCAAGUUGCUUCGCGAACAGCUUUCCGCGGAGAACGCCGCCCGCAUCGAAGCGAUGGGCCAGAACCAGCUGCUGACACAACAGAACAGGGAGCUGAUCCAACACAUUCAGAUCUUGGUGAAGCAAAUCCAAGAGCUAGAGAUUUCGAGACAGACUUCUGCGCUGCAGGAGGUUUCACUCAGUCCGAUCCGGGGCGGGAACGCUCCGUCGGUGUUCGAUUUCCCCACUACUCCAACAUCUCAGCACGGACAGACAGGCCACAUGUGGUUGAACGUUGGUCCCCCCAGCGGUGGAUCGAGUCCACGUCCCCCCGCAUCGCCAAACGUCCCCGCUUCGUUGCUCGCCGAUUUAAACAAAUACCGUUUAGAGGAACGCAUAAAUACUUCAAUGGGCGGAACGCUCCCGCCUAUGGGAUCUUGGUCGACCGGGACGAGUCCACUGUCCUCCUUGCCACCGAUCCUCAACGGUUACGGCACACUGCCAUCCCUCAGUACGGCGACCCCAUCGCCAUUCAUGCGACAAUAUAGCCUGCCGGUUCCAGGCUCGAAAGCAGGUUAUCCCGGUCAUCCUCCGAAGACAGACAUGUCACGUUUGACCAUAAGCGAAUCCGUUAUUUCCGACUCCAAUGGAGUAUCUCCCGGUCAACAGAACGGUCGGAACAGGAGUCCCACUGUCGCUGCCGAGGCGGCAUACGGUGGAUCGUUGUUCCUAUCCUGA